AUGAACUUUGUCGAUGUGCAACCCAGAUCCUUCCUUGACUAUGCCUGGACCUCUCCUUCGCCAGCCGGCGGGAUCAAGGCCGCCAAACCGUCCAAAGCCGGCAGGAAGCAGAACAGGUGUUGCGAUCAGUGUCGAAAAGGGAAGAGAGCGUGCGACGCCGCCAUCCUCGAGGACACGCUGUUGGACACGAACAAACCAUGUGGACAUCCGACGGUGUUUCACUAUAGUGACGUCUUUGGUCCUCUGACCGCCUGUAGUAAUUGCGACAAGACAAAAAAAUCGUGCACGUUUGACUGGCUUCGAUCACAGCGCGUUUCGCAAGCUUUGCAACCGCAGUCGGGAACCACGCCCCCAGCAAAGCGUCGCCGCACGCAAAACCGUCGUCACGACGAAACCGAGCAGCCGUCUACCGCUGCCAACGGAAAGACAGACAAGGUCGCAUCAAGGCCUAGUAGUGAAGCCUCGGCUUCGCGGACGACGCCAGUGGAGUUGGGAGUGACCUUUGGAGACUUUGCCUGUGGAGCGUCUUCGUUGGACUCGAAUACGAGCCUGCCUGCGUUCCAGCUGCCAUCCGCAGUGCUCCCAUACAGUGCCGAGCCCUGUAUCCAAGGGGAACACAGUCCACCAGAAUGCGACUCGACCAAGCGUUCGUCGUGGGAAACCCCACCAGGCGAUGUAGAUAAGAUGCAUGACGCUUAUAGCCGAUGCACAUCGCGAACGAAUAGUGAAAAUGGAUCCACGCAGUCUUCCACCAUGAGUGACACCAUGGUUCCAUGUAAUCGAAAACGACGUCGGCGCAGUCUGUCCCCUGUGUUCAUCACAAAUGCUGCCUAUCAUCAUGCCGCAAUAUCCAUUGAGCGCAGCCUAUUCACCACGACGAACAGUACAUACCUUACAGAAGGCUUGUUACAAAUCUAUCAAAAUAGCUUCGAAAAUGCUCUUUCGUGUUGGAUGACGGAGCGCACCUGUCCAUACAGUACCAAGACUGAUAUUCUGUUGGCCAACGGCGCCACCCCAGAUUGGAAUCGAAUCUAUCAUCGUGCAUCUCGGCUGGACCGCUUGACGGCAGCCAUCCGGGGAAGACAACUGACGUAUUCCGAAGAUCAAGCAGUGUCGAGAUGCCUAAACUUGGCAAUCUAUGCUUUCGCCAGCCAAUGGGCCCAAUCCAGUCAACGAAGCAAAACAAAGUAUCCCUACAAGGCCGGCAUGCCAGACGACCAGACCUAUGCAUUUUCAAACGGUGCUACCGAUGACAACGCAUCGGCCAAUGUCGAGUUUGACCAAGUCGUCCAGACAACUGCGUGGCAUGAGGCACGCAAUGCAUUGCAAAGCGCGGGGGAUAUCGAAUCCUUCCGUGUAGUUCUCGCACAUAUAGUCUUUGCUUUGACCCAAAAGCCGGUUGAUCUUACAGAAUCACUACAAACAGAUAUCGAUGGUAUGAGUCAAGAGCUGGAACCAGUUUCGAGCGAGAAUGAGUGUGUAGAUCUCAUGUCCAAGUUGAAUCUUGCUAUCGAAACCGAAGGGCCACCAGUACACCUAGAGAAGGGGCUUCGCUUGAUUCACUCUCUUAGGUCUAAGAUGGCCAUGCUCGGUGACCACACGCGCACUGGUUCUGGCGUCUCACGCUGCUCGACGAAGUAUCGCGCCGUGGCCAAUCGCCUCGACGCUGCUGAUCGUGCCACGGUUGAUUUACUGUUUUGGUUAGCAGUCAUGUUCGACACACUGUCAGCGGCAAUGAAUCGGCGACCCUUGGUCGUCUCAGACGAAGACAGCAACAUAUAUCCCAGUGAGAGCGGCCAGCGCACAGAACAAGGGAACUUCGACACAGAAGUGCCCCCUACAACUGAUGGGCUCUGGGACAAGUACCUCUUCGCCCAUCAAAAGGAACGUCUACAAAGACAUCCCACAAGGUGGCCUUGCUCCUUUGAUCAAGCUGCGGCUGUGCUUUGCGAUGCUGCUCCCGUCAAGGUCCUACUAUUUCGAAAGGUCACCCGAAUUCAAACUCUUCUUUCUCGAAAUUCGCAGGCGCCCAAGAUUGAGGAAGCCAUCGAGGGGGCACUGGAAGUGUGCAAGCACUGGAACAAGCUGUAUGCACCUUUUAUCCGCGAUUGCCUGGAGCAUCAUGAUCGACUACCUCCACGUGUGCAAUCUUGGUACACGUGCCUUACAGGUCACUGGCACCUUGCCACGCUUCUUCUAGUCGAUCUUAUUGAAAUAGUAGAUGACUCCGGACUCGGUAUCGAGGAGAACAGAGCUGUACGAAUGUCGAGUGAAUUCGUUGCCCGAUUCCGCGAAGACCACUGCCGCACACUUUCCGAUUUGGCGAGGUGCGCAUGUCCCAGACCAGAUACUACCUUUGCACGGUCUGGGGAAUUUCAUUUUGCAGUGAGCGAAGGCGCGCUGCUGACAGAGCCAUGGACAGCGGUAUUGAUCCGGGCGUUUGCAAAGGCAGGUGUUAUAUUACUGGAGUUGGAGGAUACAGUCGCUUUCCGCCUGGACAUGGACGGACAUGACGCCUUUCAGCGAGCUGAUGACUGUGUAAAAGCGCUAUGGUUUUUGGGAAGGAAGUCUGACAUGGCACUUUCGGCAGCAAAGAUCUUGGGUGACGCCCUGAGACAAAGGCGAAAAGACACACAGGAAAAGGUACAAGAGGUGAGCACUUUCCUCGAGACUGAGCUCUGGCAUGGGUUUGAGGGGUUCGGGGCGUUUGAGGCCGACUGUGAUUCAUGA